UUGACACAGGACUAUAAAUUCCUUUUUCAUGGAAGCAAGAAUUGGGAGUUUCAUUUUCGUUCAAUUAUUUCUCCCCUUUUCUUAAAAUCGAAUUGAAUCGAAUCCUUCACAAGUCAAGAGUUAGCACACCCAAAAGAACGCGUUUCAGCUGGCCACACUGUUGAUUUGAUUCCUUUCCCUCUUUGAAAUUCAGGUGUUUUUAAGAGCCCCCAAUUCUGUUGAUUCGCAAUUCAAAUUAUUCGUCUCGCUCUCAAUAGAGAAGAAAAAAAAAACUGCGUUUUUCAAAUCGGUAAAUUGGCUGACACAUAGUAAAGAAUCAUAUUAAUGUCGUCAAGAACAUUGAGGAGAAGACUCUAUCAUGGGGAUGUUGAUGGCAAAAGGCAGGAGCAUUUGGAGACUUCGGGAUUGGAUUCUUUGAGUGAGCCCUUGCUGGCAGACGAUGAUUAUAUUGAGAAUAAGAAGAUAUGUACUCUUGAAGAUCUAUGGGAUGAUGAGAAGAAGAAGGCGCAGUUUCAUUGGACAUUCAUAUUCUCAAACCUCAUUGUGCAAUGGGCACAGUGGUUAGCAAAUUUGGUAUUAGGAUCUGGAUCUAUUCUUGGGCGUCUUUUAUCUUUUCCUUCUGCUGCACUAAAUAUGCAAAACAAUAGGAUGUUUCCUCCGUCUCUAAGCCCUCUGCAGGAAGAAAGACUAAGAAACCUACGACAACGGCUUGAAGUUCCCUUUGAUGGUUCUAAAGCAGAGCACCAAGACGCACUUAAACAAUUGUGGAAAUUGGCUUACCCGGACAGGGAGCUUCCUUCACUUAAAUCAGACCUUUGGAAGGAAAUGGGAUGGCAAGGUUCAGACCCUUCAACAGAUUUUAGGGGUGGAGGAUUUAUUUCAUUAGAGAAUCUCAUCUUCUUUGCGAUGAAGUAUCCUGAUUCAUUCCAGCGAUUAUUGCAUAAACAAGAUGGAACCAGAGCUGAGUGGGAAUACCCAUUUGCAGUAGCUGGAAUCAAUAUUUCUUUUAUGUUAGCACAGAUGCUGGAUCUUCAAGCAGGGCUUCCAUCUUCUUUGUCCGGAAUUCGUUUUCUCAAAUUGCUUGAAGAAGAUGAAAUGGCAUUUGAUAUCCUUUUUUGUGUUGCCUUUCAAAUGAUGGAUGCUCAGUGGCUAGCAAAGCGUGCGUCAUAUAUGGAAUUUAAUGAUGUUUUGAGAUCUACAAGAACGCAGUUAGAGCGUGAGCUUGGUCUUGAAGACAUCUUCAGCGUGAAAGAUUUACCUGCUUACAACAUGUUGAGAUGAUUGACAAUUGCCUUUCAGUUCAACAUUUCUCUUCCUUUUUUUUUUUUGUUUCUUUUGGCGGAGAAUGUUACAUGAAAUGUAUCUAAAGCAUUUGUCAUUUUAUCUCUAUAUAGAAACGUGAAAAUCAAAUAUCAGAUCAAUCUUUCUGCUGAUUUCCAUCA